AUGAGUUACUGGAACUUGGAGAAAAGGAACUGUGUGCAGUACCGCAGGCAUUUUCUGGUGGACAACGGUGUAUUUCAUGUUGAAAGAUGCAUGAGUGUAAUGCAGUCUGGGACGCAGAUGAUCAAACUGAAGCGUGGGACCAAAGGGCUUGUGCGGCUCUUUUACCUGGAUGAGCAUCGGACUCGCCUCCGUUGGCGACCAUCUAGGAAGAGUGAGAAGGCAAAAAUUCUUAUCGACUCCAUUUACAAAGUCACCGAGGGCCGGCAGUCUGAGAUAUUUCACAGGCAGGCUGAGGGGAACUUUGAUCCCAGUUGCUGCUUUACCAUCUACCAUGGAAACCACAUGGAGUCCCUGGACCUCAUCACCUCCAACCCCGAGGAGGCACGCACCUGGAUCACAGGACUCAAGUACCUGAUGGCUGGCAUCAGUGAUGAAGAUUCCCUUGCCAAAAGGCAGAGGACCCAUGACCAAUGGGUGAAACAGACGUUUGAGGAAGCUGAUAAGAAUGGCGAUGGCUUAUUGAAUAUUGAAGAGAUACACCAAUUGAUGCAUAAACUAAAUGUCAAUCUGCCUCGAAGAAAAGUAAGGCAAAUGUUUCAGGAAGCUGACACAGAUGAGAAUCAGGGAACUUUGACCUUUGAAGAGUUCUGUGUUUUUUACAAAAUGAUGUCCUUGAGAAGAGACCUCUAUUUGUUGCUCUUGAGCUACAGUGACAAGAAAGACCACCUAACCAUGGACGAACUGGCUCAGUUUUUGAAGGUUGAACAAAAGAUGAGUAAUGUGACAGCAGACUAUUGUCUUGACAUAAUAAAGAAGUUUGAAGUCUCAGAAGAAAAUAAGGUGAAAAAUGUCCUUGGAAUAGAAGGCUUCACAAACUUCAUGCGCAGUCCUGCUUGUGACAUAUUUAACCCCCUGCACCACGAAGUGUAUCAGGACAUGGAUCAGCCCCUCUGCAACUACUACAUCGCUUCCUCUCACAACACGUACCUGACUGGGGAUCAGCUCCUUUCUCAGUCCAAAGUGAAUAUGUACGCCCGGGUGCUACAAGAGGGCUGUCGCUGCGUGGAAGUUGACUGUUGGGAUGGCCCAGAUGGAGAGCCAGUAGUUCACCAUGGUUAUACUCUCACUUCAAAAAUUCUCUUCAGAGAUGUUGUGGAGACCAUCAACAAACAUGCCUUCGUGAAGAAUGAGUUCCCAGUUAUAUUGUCUAUUGAGAAUCACUGCAGUAUCCAGCAGCAAAGGAAGAUUGCUCAGUACCUGAAAGGAAUAUUCCGAGACAAACUGGACUUGUCAUCUGUAGACACAGGAGAUGGUAAACAGCUUCCAAGCCCUCAAAGUUUGAAAGGCAAGAUCUUAGUUAAGGGCAAGAAGUUGCCUUAUCACCUUGGAGAUGAUGCAGAGGAAGGGGAAGUUUCCGAUGAAGACAGUGCGGAUGAAAUUGAAGAUGAGUGCAAGUUUAAACUUCAUUAUAAUAACGGAACUACUGAGCAUCAGGUAGAAUCUUUCAUAAGGAAAAAACUGGAGUCACUGUUAAAAGAAUCUCAAAUUCGAGACAAAGAAGAUCCUGAUAGUUUCACAGUGAGGGCACUCCUGAAGGCCACACAUGAAGGAUUAAAUGCACACUUGAAGCAGAAUCCAGAUGUGAAGGAAAGUGGAAAGAAAUCACAUGGACGAUCGCUCAUGACCAACUUUGGAAAACACAAGAAAACCACAAAAUCACGGUCUAAAUCCUACAGUAUUGAUGAUGAGGAAGACACACAGCAGAAUCCUGGCAAGGAAGGUGGCCAGCUAUACAGGUUGGGCCGCCGAAGGAAAACCAUGAAGCUCUGCCGAGAGCUCUCGGAUUUGGUUGUGUACACAAACUCUGUGGCAGCCCAGGACAUUGUGGAUGAUGGAACCACAGGAAAUGUGUUAUCCUUCAGUGAAACAAGAGCACAUCAGGUGGUUCAGCAGAAAUCAGAGCAAUUCAUGAUUUAUAACCAAAAGCAGCUCACAAGGAUUUACCCCUCUGCCUACCGCAUAGAUUCCAGUAACUUCAACCCUCUGCCCUACUGGAAUGCAGGUUGCCAGCUUGUGGCACUGAACUAUCAGUCUGAAGGGCGAAUGAUGCAAUUAAAUCGAGCCAAAUUCAGGACAAAUGGCAAUUGUGGCUACGUCCUCAAGCCCCAGCAAAUGUGCAAAGGUACUUUCAACCCUUUCUCUGGUGACCCACUUCCUGCCAACCCCAAAAAGCAGCUCAUCCUGAAAGUGAUCAGUGGACAGCAACUCCCCAAGCCUCCAGACUCCAUGUUUGGAGACCGAGGCGAGAUAAUUGAUCCUUUUGUUGAAGUUGAAAUUAUUGGAUUGCCAGUGGAUUGUUGCAAAGAUCAAACUCGUGUGGUAGAUGACAAUGGAUUUAACCCUGUGUGGGAAGAAACCCUGACAUUUACAGUACACAUGCCGGAAAUAGCUUUGGUUCGGUUCCUUGUAUGGGAUCAUGAUCCCAUUGGAAGAGACUUUGUUGGACAAAGGACUGUGACCUUUAGCAGCUUGGUGCCUGGCUACCGGCAUGUCUAUUUGGAAGGACUCACAGAAGCAUCCAUAUUUGUCCACAUAACAAUUAAUGAAAUCUAUGGAAAGUGGAGCCCUUUAAUCCUCAACCCAAGUUAUACUAUUUUGCACUUUCUAGGAGCUACAAAGAACAGACAGCUCCAAGGUCUGAAGGGACUGUUCAAUAAGAAUCCCAGGCACAGUUCUUCAGAAAACAAUUCCCAUUAUAUUUGGAAACGAUCAAUUGGAGAUAGGAUUCUGCGUCGCACAGCCAGUGCUCCAGCCAAAGGCAGGAAAAAGAGCAAAAUGGGCUUGCAAGAAAUGGUAGAAAUAAAGGAUUCUGUGUCUGAGGCCACAAGAGAUCAAGAUGGCAUCCUAAGGAGGACCACACGGAGUUUGCAAGUCCGCCCUGUCUCUAUGCCCAUUGAUAAAAGUCUUCUGGGGGCUUUGUCGCUGCCUAUAUCUGAAACAGCAAAAGACAAUGAAGGAAGAGAAAACUCUCUGGCAGAGGAUAAAGAUGGUAGAAGAAAAGCGAAGGCAAAUAUAAAAGACCCACAUUUUCCAAAUUUCAACAAAAAGUUUUCCUCCUCCAGCACUCUGCUUUACAAAGAUACCAGCCAAGGGGACUCCACUGUCUUCACUGCCAAGGGUUCAGUCGCAGAACAGUGUGGAGUGCCACGCCAUACAGGGGGGAGAACCAAAUCAAGUGUGACAAGUGAUUGCCAAGAAAACCACUGUCCUGACAAAUCCUUUUCCCCAAGGCAGCAUGUGGCUCUUGAUCCUCCAGCUAAUCUAAGCCCAAAUUUGCCUAGUGUGAAAACCAAUGAAAAGAGGAGUGCCCAGGGCUUUGCGGAAGGGAAAAGCAUGUUGUCGGAAAGCAUCCUUUCUCAAAGCACUCUAGAGAUCAAGAAGCUGGAAGGUGACAAGGAUAAAGGCAGAGCCGUAACAUCCUUUUCUCUGUCAGAUGUCUCCAUGCUCUGUUCCGACAUACCUGACUUACACUCAACUGCCAUUCUGCCGGAUACUGAGAUUUCCCGUCUUAUUGACAAUGUCACUUUAACAAAUGAGAAUGAGCCAGGCAAUUCCAUCUCAGCACUGAUUAGCCAGUUUGAUGAGACCAAUACUCAAGCUAACCUCACAAUAAUUUCUAAUCUUCACAGCACUAGUAUGAUGUCAGGCCAUCCUCCCAUGGCCCUAAAAACACCCUUCAAGCAUGGUUUUUCCAAGGGAAAACUGAGGGUACCCUUCCUGUGUUCAUCUCCUGAGCUGAUCACCUCCUUGAAUCCUGAGACCACCAAACUUGCAACAUACACGGUUGCAUGUCAAACAACUGGUACUCCCAUCUCCAAAACUAAACCAGAUGAUGACCUCUCUGGUAAGACCAAGAUGAGAGCCAUGAAUGGCAAUCUGCCUAGAUCCCCUAAUGGUCCUCAUGGGUGGUUACCGAAAAAUCCCACCAGUAAAGAAGACUGGGGAGUACUAAAGAGCUGCAGUCCUACUGAUUCGACGUUAGAUGUAAUAGAUGAUCCCACUAUUUGUAUAAAUUCUGGAGACAGCAGCCUUGUGGAAAUUGAUGAGGAGUCAGAAAACCUGUCCGUAACAUCCUAUGAAUAUAAGACAGAUAACACAAGUCAUCUUGCUUCAUUAAAACUGAAGUAUAGUCAGGAUGUAGUGGAACACUUUCAAAGAGGCUUGAGAAAUGGCUACUGUAAAGAUACUCUCCAUCCUUCUGUCUCUGAAGUAUUCAACAAUCAAGGUGUCAAAAAUCAAAGUAUUUCUUGUCUAACCUAUCAGGGUGCUGGCUUUGUGCAUAACCAUUUCUCAAAUUCAGAUGCAAAAAUGAACCAAAACUGUGAGCCCCAGCAGUCUAGUGCUCAAGAUGUGCAUGCCCCUGUACCCAAGCAGCCAUCACAUUCUCCUCUGCCUGCUUUGAAACUGCCAAGUCCUUGCAAAUCCAAAAGUCUGGGGGAUUUAACAUCAGAGGACAUUGCCUGCAAUUUUGAGAGCAAGUACCAAUGUAUUAGUAAGAGUUUUGUUACGACCGGUAUUAGAGACAAGCAGGCUGUCACUGUGAAGACAAAUUCACUGGAGCCUUUAGACGCCCUAACUGAGCAGCUUCGGAAGCUGGUGUCCUUUGACCAUGAAGAUGGCUGCCAAGUGCUGUAUUCAAAGCAGGAUGUUAACCAGUUUCCCAGGGCAUUGGUCAGAAAGUUAUCAUCCAGGAGUCAAAGCAGAGUGCGCAACAUUGCCAGUCGUGCCAAGGAGAAGCAGGAAGCCAACAAACAAAAAGUGGUGAACCCUAGUAAUGGGGGAGGAGUGGUUCUUAGAAACAAACCCUCAGCACCUGUCCCGGCUGUGAACCGCCACUCCACUGGCUCCUACAUUGCUGGCUACCUUAGGAACAUGAAAGGAGGCAGCCCGGAGGGCCGCGGCAUUCCUGAGGGGGCCUGUACAUCCCUUUGCUAUGGCUAUUUUGACCAGUUUUGUUCAGAUAAUUCUGUUUUGCAGACUGAGCCAAGCAGUGAUGAUAAACCAGAAAUUUAUUUUCUUUUGAGAUUGUGAAUUAUAUAAAGCUGCAUUUUCAAUGUUUACAAAGUAUUUUAUAGAAAGUUAGCAUUUUCAGUUGUCAGUAAAUAUGAUCCUUGGCUUUGAAAUGAUUUUCAAAUAUUUUAAACUUGUAUUUUGGUCUCCAUUUGAAUUCAUAUGUUCUCUCUGUUUAUGUGUUUGUAUAUAGAUUCCAUGGUACUUCCCACGCACCUAUGAUCUUUCUCCUCUGAGGUGUUGUAAACUGUAUCAGUAUGAAAUGUGUGCAUGCCCUAGAUGUGAAAUUUCUCAGCAGCUUGGGUUACAAUAUACUUAAUGUUUCACAAAGAUGCUUUUCACUGUGUCCUCAGAUUGCAGUCCCAAAUGUCAUUUUUGUUCUCUUUUGAGUUGACUAAGAGACUUUGCAGAUGACAAAGGGAUGAAUUCUUUAUUUGCAGCUGUUUUCACUUUUCUUUCUAUAUUGAGAAACCCAGAUGCAUUUUUAUAAUUCCAUUAAAUGAAGUUUAAAAUAGUUACCUUGUCUUUUAAGAUUUCCUUUCCCCACCCAGAAUGAUUUCAAAGGAAGGUAGCUGCUCACCAAGCCCCAUCCUCCCCUCCUCCUUUUAGAAUAAACUGUGAGGAAGAAAGCAAACUUCUGUACAUAAGGGCAAAAUUGUUUGUUUUGCAUAAAUUUUGUUACAUAUUUUUGCUAAUGACUUUGUAUGUAACAAGAACCCAGUUGCCAAGCUAUUUGUCAUACUUUUGAAUUUUCUGGUGAGUUACAGAUUUGCAAAUAAUGGCUUUCAGAAUGAGGGAUAUCCAUCAGACUGAAAAUAGUAGCACAAACCGAAAACUUCCCCAAAGCUUUCAAGAAUAAAAGAAAAAUAUUUUCCCAUAAUAAAAUCCAAGUGAAUAGAUAAUAAUUAGAAGAAACCUUUUCCCUCCAGGGAGUGAAUUUUAGUACUGACAUACAUUAUUUUCACUGUGAAUCCAUUUUUUAAUUGCAUGUUCCAGUGUCCCUCUUUGCUUUUUCGUAACCUUAACUGCAAUGAUGUUCUUCCUGAAUCCAUGAAAAUAUAAUUAAAGCAGAUUUUUAAAUA